AGCGGCUCAAACUUCGUUGAUGAAGCCGAGAGCGCAAUCCGUUUGGAGCGAGCAUAAAACCGAAGCGAAGGGAGCACUGGGAGGUGGAGUUUUCUUUCCUCGUCUGGCUUCGUACCCGGUACCACAGUACAUUUUUCACCACAAAACAACGAACCACAACAGUGAACAGACAACAGUGGGGAUUUCCAUGUGCCCACCAGCAUCGAAGGGCCUAUCGAAGGACCACAAAGGACCUAAUAAUCAGAUCAAGAAACCAGAGAUACUCCCGGAGAUUUCGGGGCCCUAGCUCCUAUCAGUCUUGCCUUGGAGCUCGCGCUUUCAAAAGGCCGAGAGAGACAGGUCCCGUACGAACAACAGACUCGGUUGCGGUAUCUUGUUGAUUCCGACUUACCAAUAUAUCUUCAGCUCAAGGGAUAUGUCUUUUCUCUUUGGAUCUAGCCCACCUUCCUUUAUCAUUCUCGAAAUUGUAUUCCUACAAUAUUUUGCCAAACCGGCCUGAUUCGACGUUGCUCGACACGGAAAUCCCUUGUACGAAUCUCUCGAACAGAAAUAACGCCGCCCACUCAAAAGCAGAUCUUUGGCCUUUUCAGCCAUCCAACAUGUCCCAAGAGCGGGAAAAGGAAGUUUCCAUCGAGAACGGUCCCGAGCCUGACCUUCAAGAGAAAUCUGGUACAGAUAAAUCCGGCCUCACCACAGAAAGAUCCUCAACGGAGCAGCAACCUGUUCCCGUCGAGCCUCCCAAAGCACCGUACAAUCCCUGGGCCGACCCCUCCUCGUUUCCUGAUGGAGGGACUCAAGCCUGGCUCACCGUUCUUGGUGGCUUUUGCUGUUUGUUCAAUUCUUGGGGAUGGAUCAAUUGCAUAGGAGUAUUUCAAGAAUACUACAUGGCAGUACCUCUCCGACAAUAUUCGGCUAGUACCGUCGCGUGGAUCCCUUCGGUCGAAACGUUCUUCAUGCUUGCAUGUGGCCCUCUUGCUGGAUACAUCUUCGACAACUACGGUCCACGAUACCUGCUCUACAUUGGCAGCUUCAUGCACGUCUUCGGUCUGAUGAUGACCUCAAUCUCCACGGAAUACUACCAAUUCAUGCUCAGUCAGGGUGUUUGCUCUGCCAUUGGCGCCUGCUUCCUCUUCAACCCGGCCAUGGGCUGCGUUUCGACCUGGUUCUUCAAGAAGCGAGGUAUGGCGAUCGGUAUCAUGGCUGCAGGCAGCUCUCUAGGAGGUGUCAUCUUUCCAAUCAUCGUCUCGCAUAUGAUUCGAGAGACAGGAUUCGGCUGGGCAAUGCGAACCUGCGCCUUUCUCAUCCUGUUCAAUUGCAUCGUCGCGAUCUUGACGCUUCGCUCUCGCAUCCCUCCUUCAGGGCGCAAAUUUGAUGCCAUGGCCUUCGUCCGUCCUCUCGGCGAGCUCCCCAUGCUCUUGACAACGUUUGCGGUGUUUUUCUUCUACUGGGGAAUGUUUCCAGUCAUGUCAUUUAUAACAACUGUCGCCAAUGGUCGAGGCAUGUCUCUACAACUCGCUCAAUACCUCGUGUCGAUCCUGAACGCCGGCUCAGUGUUCGGUCGAACGCUCCCAGGUCUUCUCGGCGACAAGGUCGGACGCUUCAACGUCAUGAUUGUCUUCUGCACUCUCACCAUCAUCUUCAUGCUGGGACUCUGGAUUCCGGGUACAAGCAACGCCGCUCAAAUCGUGUUCGCGUUGGUUUUCGGAUUUAGUUCCGGUGCAGCGAUCGGUCUCACGCCGGCGCUGAUUGCACAGAUCUCGCCAAUCAGAGAGAUCGGGAUUCGAGUGGGCACUGUCUUCGCUGCCGGUUCGAUUGGUGCUCUGACUGGAAGUCCCAUCGCUGGCGCUUUGAUCAGUCGCGACCACGGAAAAUACUUGUACAUGAUGCUUUUCGGCGGAUGUUGCUGCAUUGUUGGCGUGGCGUUCUUCGUCGCAGGGCGAAUAAGUAUCGCUGGUGUCGGCCUCAAGAAGAAGGUGUAAAUCAUGGUUAUGGUCACCAAUGGAUGAUGUUGUACGAUAGUAAUAGACCCCUCGACUCGAGAAUGAAUAUAGACUUGAAGUGUUGGUGCCUCCGUCACUGAGCCUGGCAUACAGUGCCG